CGACGAGGCAACCAAGCCAAGCUCCCUCAGUGCGCUACCAAACAGUGAGGCAGAUUGACGUCCCCGUGUAGUGUCUUCCCCACGUUGAGUUUUACUGACUGGAGGAGACCCAGCCGAACCCCAAAGUAUCGAUAUGAUGGCGGAAACUCACUCCAAGACACAGACGUCCACAACAACCAUCACGACGACCGCAACUCCGACUUACGCCCCGCCGCAAAAAUCAGGAAUAUCCCUCUGUCUACAGUAUUUCAAAACUGGCCCAGGAAUUGUCAAACUGGUGGAACUGCUGUUUGGCAUCAUCUGCAUGGCCUGUGCGGCACCGGCGUGGACCAAAGGCACUCACUGGUUCCUGUUCGUGGUGGUAACAGCCUUCGUGUCCACUUCCCUGUGGUGCUUCAUCUACCUCCUUAACCUGAAGAGCGCCAUCAACCUGCCAAUCGACUGGCUCCUCACUGAGUUCAUUCUAACAGCUACCUUUGCCGUGCUUUACAUAAUAGCUAGCAUUGUCCAGUUAAUCAGCACUGUUACAAAACCCCGACCACCAAGACGGCUAAAACCCUUCUACCUGAUGUCAGGGGAGCUGCUCAAUACCGCCAUUACCACUCUGCUCUAUCUCAUUGCCGUCAUUGUGCAGUUCUGCAGUAUCGAGCUAGCUGCAGACAGAAACAUCACAGCAGGGGUCUUUGGUGUGUUCAAUAUGCUGACCUAUGCAGUUGGAUCCUUCUACCUGUACCGUGACUGGAAGGACUCGCAUCCCCACACAGCCUUCACUGGUUCCGUCCUCAAACGCAACCCAUAGGUUUCUUGUGAGGUCUUUCCCCAACCCCCCACAAUGUUCGCUCUCAGCCGGGAGCUGCCAGGAACCUGCCGGCCCAGUCCCCAGCCCUCUCCUGCUUCUGAGUUUGAGAAGAGUAGAAGGACUGCCAAGAAUAAAAUUUAUUAUUUUAUCACUGAGAAAUUAGGUUUACUGUACAUCUCAAUAUGAAGAUCUCUUGAUGUUUACUAUGUUACAGAUUUGUAAAACCUAUAAUUCAAAUGCACACAAUUGAAGUAUAGCUAUUGACUUAUAAAUGAUUAAUGAUUUUCAUAUAAAUAAUGUUAAAUUAUGACUGAUCCUGGACAACUGAAUCCAACUCCACACACACAGUACAAGGCACAGAGGGAAACAUUCUUCCAUUUUGUGUGUAUUGUCAGAAAGGCUUUCCUUUAUAUAUCAUGCUUCACUUAACCAUACUGAAGACUAACAACCCCUAGUCGUUGUAAAAGAUGUUCAAAUUAAUUAUUUACAUUAUAAAAGUUAGAAUUAAAACAUAGAUUUUCUGAAAACUUAUAUAUAUAUUGGAUAAUGAAAGAAUCAACCCUCAUAAGUACCUAUACAUACAGGUUCUUGGGGGCUCAAUUAUAGUAAUCAGAUAACUGUAGUUAGCUGUCAAGUUGUCGUGACUACAUAUAGGCUUUAAUGUAUACUUAGAAAGACAAAUAAUUAUAACUUACAAGUAAGGUAAGGUAAUUAUUUUCUCCUGAGACCAAUCAUCAGGCAUGACUUUCAAAGUCAUCUCUGUGCACACCAUGUAGAGCAAAGAUAAGUGCCUUUCAGAUUGAAGGGUAAACGUUUAUAUUUCAGUUAUGAGAUUGACCCAUACAGCAAAGCACAAUAUUGUUAAUCACAAUAAAUGUGUAGCACAUUUAAUUUUUAUAUUUCAUUUACAGUCUGUAUGGAUGAUGUUUGUCAUGUGUGCUAGAGAACAUGCUUCAGCAUGACUAUAACUUCAGGACCAGAAAAAAAACCCACUGCCAAUAUUUUUUUGCAGUCCCUCCCUUACCUUUGUGGUAGCAGUGCCAAGGAAAUGUGACACCUCAUUUAUGAAUGAGUAUCAAGCAGCCUACAAGUGUUUUGAGUGGUAGGGGACAAUCAUGGUUUUGCAUUUAUGGAUAUGCUGAUUAAUGAACAAUGUAAAUGAUUACUGAUUCACCAGUGGCCAUUAACUGAGAAUAAUAGCAGCUGUCAUAGUGAUAAGAUGAUUAGCUUUGCUGAAUGUGGUUCUGUUGACAUAACAAACCUGGCAUCAAAAUCUUGAUGAGGAUAAUGAACAUACUGCCAAGUCAUCUUGUUACAUACCCAUAGAGGUUAGAUGGUUAGCAUGUACUUUAUCUUGGGUAACAGCUGAAAAUUGCACCUAUCAUAGUAAUUUGGGGAACUUCAUAUCUCAUGUCCAAGUUACUUUUCCAAAGACUCAGAUUACAAAUAAGAACCAACAAUACAUUCAACACAGUGCAUGACCUGAGCAUUUACCUUUUCUAGCUUACUGGUCUUCUUGGAAAAGAUUGAGAAAAUUCAAUAUACUAGUAUGAAGGCUGGAUACACUGUGCAGAUUGUAUAACAUAACACUACUUUAUGAUAACAAUCUCAGAUUGUGAAUAUCAUACUUUAAUACAGCCUAUACACUGAUUAACCAGUCACCCACAUAAUUCAUCUCUCUCUCUCUCUCUCUCUCUCUCUCUCUCUCUCUCUCUCUCUCUCUCUCUCUCUCUCUCUCUCUCUCUCUCUCUCUCUCUCUCUCAGCAUUGGUGUAAAGCCCUCCUUUGUGAUUAGUUGCCUGGUUAUAAUCCCAGUUAGUUCAGUGACAAUAUAUGCAAGAGCAUCAUGCACAAACAUUACCAACAAACCCCCUUAAUGGACCAUUCAGAAGCAAAAAAUCAUAUCACACAGCAAAAAUACAACUCCAUGUUCUACCUAACAUGGCCACAAUAUACUAAUGCAACUACAGCACCAAGAUAAUGCUAAGAUGCAACACAAAAUUAAUGUCCACCACUUGUGAACAGUGUUCUGGAAAAAAAUAAAAAAUCAUUUUCCCCUUAACCAGAUUGCUAAGUGCAACACAACAAUAAUCUGAACAUGAUGAAUACAAGGCAUAAUACACAAUAUCACUAUGGCAUAUAUUAUAAUCUACACACAAACAAAAACAUAAUUUUUAGUACCCGGCAUGGCUGCUGGCCAACUUCUCAGUGCUGUUUAACAGGUCUCGUUACUAGUUGACACAAUAAUUUUUUUUUGUGAUUUAAAUGUGAUCAACAGUUUUGUAAAUAACUUAUUGUAUAGAAUAUGGAUUAUACAUGGACCUUCUGCAUUUCUCUUGCCAUGCACAAUGAAUAUAAAUGUUGCAUUAUUUUGGCUAUGAAUUCUACAUGAUAUUCAUUGUGUACAGCCAUUUACACACAGUGUAUAAAUAUUAUUGUGCAGGAUGAAAACCUCCUGUAAUAGGCAUGAUAUGAAGUUGUGCUGUUAGUCUUGUCUUGAAGUGGACUGUACUUGUUUGAGGAGAGUCCCAAUACAAUAUGUCACAGUAUGUUAGCAAGAAACUUGCAAGGCAUGGAAAGUUUGUAAGUUGUGUUUCAAAAGUAAUUAAAUAUUAAUUACCUGUGUUCAUUGCUUGAAUAUGUUAAAUAAAGGAUUUUGUAACAAA